AGGAUCCCAUGAUUUCACUGGGAGUUGGUCAGCUUCUGGUUUGCAGAAGGUUUUCCUGUUGGUUCCAAUUAUAAUUGUUUAAAAAAAGGUUAAUAGGUUACAGCUAUCUAAAUAGGCGGCUAGUAAUCUGAGCGAAAAUGACAGAUACGGGGAACAGACUGCGUAAACAAUUGGAAUCGACGAAUUUCGAUCCCAAACAGUAUGUAAAACAGCUCUCUCAGCAGUCAGACGGAGACCGAGACUUGCAAGAGCACCGUCAAAAAAUUCAGACUCUGGCCGACGAAACGGCGCAAAAUCUGAAGAAAAAUGUCUACAAAAAUUACAGGCAGUUUAUUGAAACUGCUAAGGAGAUUUCCUAUUUAGAAAGCGAAAUGUACCAACUGAGUCAUAUUCUGACUGAGCAGAAGAGCAUUAUGGAGACUAUCACCCAGGCCCUGUUGUCCACAGACAAAGAUGAAGCAGCGAAGGAAAUGCAAGCAGCUUUCCCUAAGGAGACAGAAGAAGUUAAGCAGAGGACCCUGACCACGCUGCUAGAAAAAGUAGAGGGGUGCAAAAACAUAAUGGAAACCCCUGGGAGGUAUUUGGUUUAUAAUGGAGAUCUGUUUGAGUACGAUGUGGAUAAUAUGUCUCAAAUCCAAAAGGUACAUGCAUUUUUGAUGAAUGAUUGCCUUCUCAUUGCCACCUGGCUUCCCAACAGGCGCGGGGCAGUGCGAUACAAGUACAAUGCGCUUUAUGAUUUGGACAGUUUCGCUAUUGUCAAUGUGAAAGAUAACGCACCCAUGAAGGACAUGUUUAAAAUCCUGAUGUUCCCAGACAGCCGCAUUUUUCAGGCCGAGAACAGUAAGAUUAAAAAGGAGUGGCUGGAGAUCUUGGAUGAAACUAAGAAAAACAAAGUGGUAAAAGAAAGGCACAAGAAAGAGGAGGAGCCGCCACAUUCACCUGUGCGCCAAGAUAUGUCCAACAACCCAUUUGACGAGGAUGAGGAAGUUGUCUGUGAAGAGAUUGUGGAUCUGAGCAUGGAGUGGAUACAGGAGCUUCCUGAGGAUUUAGACGUGUGUAUUGCUCAGCGGGAUUUUGAAGGCGCAGUGGAUUUGCUGGAUAAGUUGAACGAGUUCCUGAAGGAUCAACCCUUGACUCAACCUGUUAAGGGGCUCAAGGUGAAAGUGGAGGAAAGGGUUCGGCAACUCACAGAAGUCCUUGUUUUUGAGCUGUCUCCCGAUAGAUCCUUGCGAGGUGGCCCCAAAGCCACCAGGAGGGCCGUAUCCCAGUUGAUCCGACUGGGACAGUCCACCAAAGCUUGCGAGCUCUUCCUGAAAAACCGUGCAGCUGCCGUACAGACAGCCAUUCGCCAGUUGCGAAUAGAAGGUGCCACUUUGCUGUACAUUCACAAGCUCUGCAACAUCUUCUUCACCAGCCUCCUGGAGACAGCCAAGGAGUUUGAGAUGGAUUUCGCCGGAAACACUGGCUGCUACUCUGCAUUUGUGGUGUGGUCCCGCUCAGCCAUGAAGAUGUUUGUGGACGCCUUCAGCAAGCAGGUUUUUGACAGCAAGGAGAGCUUAUCCACAGCUGCAGAGUGUGUGAAAGUUGCCAAAGAGCACUGCAAGCAGCUAAGCGAAAUCGGGCUGGACCUGACAUUUACCCUUCAGUCCCUUUUGGUUAAGGACAUCAAAGCUGCACUUCAGAGCUAUAAAGAGAUUAUAAUUGAGGCCACCAAACACCGCAAUUCUGAAGAAAUGUGGAGAAAAAUGAACUUGAUGACUCCAGAGGCCCUGGGGAAACUGAAAGAAGAAAUGCGAAAUUGCGGGAUUAGCAGUUUUGACCAGUACACUGGGGAGGACUGUUGGGUAAACCUCAGCUACACUAUUGUUGCUUUUACAAAACAAAUGAUGGCCUUCUUAGAGGAAGGGCUAAAACUGUAUUUUCCAGAGCUGCACAUGGUCCUCCUAGAAAGCCUGAGGGAAAUCAUUCUGGUUGCUGUUCAACACGUUGACUACAGCUUGCGAUGCGAGCAGGAUUCUGAAAAGAAAGCCUUCAUUUGCCACAAUGCUUCGUUCCUCUAUGAAACUUGCCUCCCAGUCAUGGAGAAGAGGUUUGAAGAAGGAGUUGGGAAGCCUGCAAAGCAGCUGCAGGACUUGAGAAAUGGAUCCCGUCUGAUUCGUGUGAAUCCAGAGAGUACCAUGUCAGUUGUGUAAACAUAGGUUGUUUUACCAAACAAACAUGUUCAAAACUGUAUACUGUGCAAUUGCUAUGUCCUAAAUAGUAAAUAGUAAACAUAGUGCUAUUUAGAUUUAACUUUUUUGCCUAAAGCGGUAUUUUAUUAAUUUCUUUGCCCUACAGUUGUCGGUAAUACCAAAUAUUGAAUACCAGCUUCAAAGGGUUUGAUAUUAUUUGAAGCAUGAAUUUGGUCAAUUUCCAGAGUGAAAGCAAAACGAGUGAUGUUUCAAAAUCCAUAUUUUGAGUUGUUUCUCUGUAGUUUUGUAACAUUGCCAGUAGACCAAAUACUUACUUCACAAAAAGCUUGCUAUUAGUAAUCGUAUUUGCAAAGACUGUUAAGAUACAUACUGUUAUUUAAAUAUUUGGCAACAUGGUUUGAAUAUAUUAGCAGUUAAACUAUUCAGUUAGGAUUUACCUUUUUCUCCAUGCAGUGGGCAUAGAAAUACCAGAGCUGCUGCACAAAUAGAGCAGCAGAGAUACUGCAUUACCAUGAGAGUUGCUUUAAGUAAUAAAUAAGGGUGGAGGUUCACAAUGUACUUUACAUGUCUAUCCACCUUCCACAAUUCAAUACAUUGUCUGAUAGUAAAUGCAGGGUUCUUAUCAGUGUAUUCUUCUAGCAUCCAGCCUGAGGGUUGUUGAAUUCUAAGUAUUUUACUAUUACAUUAAUUGCGACGAGGCCUCAUUAGAACUGUUUUUCCAUUCUCUACUGUGUGCACAUGUUGUUAAAAUACAAACUUCUGAACCCUGACCCAGGUACUUUUAUGCCAUUUGUAUAAAUCUGUAUGUCUCGCAGCUAUUUCAAAACGAGGUGGUUUUUGAAAUAAAUAUUCUUCUGCUAGGACAGCUCAGGCUGUAGUAAAUCACCUUUACAACUCUGUUUAAAUAUGUUUUGCAGCCUGUGCAAAGAAAAACACUUAAAAUGUAAUAUUCACUUCCUAAAUUUCUUUCAAAAUGUAUAGCUGUAAACAGGAUCUUUGUGUUAAAAAAUAAUUAAAUUGUUCAACUAGUUUGUGUAGCAUGCAGAUGUACAAGGCAUUGUUUUCGAAUUCUGCUCUUGGAUUACUGAGGAAUCUGAUCGCAGCAGACCUAAGCCUAUUACGAACUGCAAGGUCAUCACAUUUCAUUGUCAACAGGGUCAUAAAGUGAAGGUUGCAUGGAUAAUGUUGAUGACUCAUUUGGAAGUGGAGAAGCCAUUUUAAGUGUUAAGUCAGCAAAGUAACUACAAUAAAAUUGUGAGAGAGCUGCUUAUCUACAAAUUCGUAUUGUUUUUCUUUUUUUUUGUCUAGACAACAGCACUGUACCAAGGGGAAAGGGAUGUGUCAUGCUACAAAUUAAAAAAAUGCAAUCAUUCUAAGAAAAUGUAAUAAAAACAGCUGAUCUUUAUUAA